AUGUCAGCCAAACUGCGCCAUGGUGCUAACCCUCCCAGUGGGCUGCGUCGACAUCGGCUGCUGGUGCUGCUGGCAUUGGGUGCACAGUUAACUGCCUUUUGUGGCGCACCCAUGGUGGAUCAAAUUCUAAGAACAUGUUUGGCUGCUGCUUCUGGUGGUGUAGAAGUGUCGGGUGAUGCGGAGAUGCUGAAAAAGCUGAAAGAGUGGAAGAAGACGCGGGGGUCCAAAGGCUUUGCGGACAAGGCACCAGCCAAAGAACCUGAAGUGCCACCAACACCUGCACCAGCCCCUGAGCCAGCUCCAGCAAGGUUGCCCCGAGCGCUUGAGGCAGUGUCAGAGCUAUUGCAGAGGGGUCAGGAAGAGGUGAGCCCCAAUGACUUCACGCCGCAGCAGCUCAUCAGAGUCUUCUAUGCCUUCUUUCAAGGCUGGCGUCAACGGCACGGUCUGCCUGAGUUGGAGUUGAACACCAAGCAGCAGCAGCUGGUUGUGCUGAUGAUCCAGAGCAAUCUUGUACUGGUCAACUCAGCCAAGGACUUCUGGCCGAGGCUUUGUGCUGAGCUUGGAAGUCCAAGGGAUCCAGAAGCGAAAGAGCUCCUGCUGGCAUUGACGGGAGUUUUUGAGUUGUAG